GUCCUGGCACCAGUUUGCUCUGCAAGCACCGAAAGGUGGAGAGAUUUUCCCCAUCACACACUCUUACUGUCAAACACACGUUCAGCGAGAGACUCGGGACGCAUCCACACGUAACGGGACUAUGGACCUGAGCCUGCGAGAUGCUCUGGGUGGCGGUGGCGGUGGCGGUGGCGUCCAAGGUGGGGCCCCUGGUGAUGCCCUUCUGAAGAGAGACUUUGUGGCUUCACUGGAGAAAGAGAGCUACGAUGACAAGGUUGGGGAGACGGUCUCCAAGAGUGACUACCGACCCUUACUGGAUGGAAAGGACACCAAGAGCGGUCCAGGGAUGAUGUCAUCAAUGAUGUCAUCAGGAGGACGCCAAGACCUGCCAGGACAGCCUGCCUUCAGCUCUGACUACCUGUCUGGUCCUAUGCGUGGGAUGACAGAUCAGUGGAGCCUGAACAAGACAAAGGACAGCAGCAAGCCUGACUCAUUUCUAGGCUUUUCUCAACCUGGGAUUGGAGGGACCAUGGGGUCCAGCAUGCCACCCUUCCAGACCAGUAUGAGCUCUACUCUUGGCCAGACUGGAAUGAGUCCAGCUAUGGAAACCCAGAAAAGUUCAAGCCAUUUUGGUGUGGAAAGCAAAACCAUCAGUAACACCAGUGGGAGCAGUCCCUUUAAAAGCAGUGAUCCAUUUUCUUCCGGUGGCACGGGAAUCCAUUCCAUGGAUCACUCUGCAGCUCCCAUCCUCUCUCCCAGCGGCUCAGUGGAUGACAGCAGUGCUACGUCCUCCAACUCUGAACCCCUCAGCCCUGACAGAGCAGGGCCGGGGGACGAAGCCGGCAAGCAGCAGCAGCGGCGACGGAAGAAGAAGAGGAAGGGCCGUGAUGAGGUCUACGACUUCUUGGAUAGCCAGGAGAAUAACAUCAGCAGGAUGCAGGAUAAAGGCAGAAGGGAGGUGGAGGAGGACGAAGAUGAGGAGGAGAACUGGGAGUGGGAGAUCAGAGAGAGUGGAGGAGGGGGUAGGGUAAAAGGCAGAAAGACUAAGAGUCGGGCAAGACUUCCAGAGGAGUGGGGAGCUCCACAGCAGCCUGUCUCUCCCACACCAGCUACAGUUGCCCCUAAGUGGGCUGCAGGUGCUGACAUUGGCUCUAGUGACCCCAAAGCUCCAAACUCCAUCCCCAGCCCCACUCUACCCUCUGCCCCUGAACAGUUACCCACAAGUUUUACCAACUGUUCCCAUGUUGGCCAAGUAUCAGAUUUGUCUUCGCGCUCCUACGAGCCUAUGUGUUUAGACGACUUUUCUGUGUCUGUUAAAAAUGGGCAAAAGCCCAAUGAAGAGAAAAUAUCAGCCAAACCUGAAAACCAUAUUAGCACAGCUGCUAGUACAGUCACCAGGAAUAGUUUAGCUGGGGAUGUCAGCGGUAGCCUAGCACUAAUGACAGGGGACAACCUAAGCCCUGUCUCCCAGACCUUCUCUUUCCUUGAUUCAGUUCUCCAGACCCCACCGGGUUCCACUCCCGACUCCCAGACAACCACCCCCAUCACCAACACAGCCUCCCUUGCUCCUGCUUCCCUCACAAAGUCAACCCCAGUAGAAACCACCGUCCCUGCUUCACAAGCCGCUUCUGAUUUCAACCCUUUCAAGAGCACUUCAGACCUUCCCCCUACUGUGUCCAUCAGUCCAUCACCUUUAACUUCAGCAGAAACAUACCCUUCAGCAGCCAUAGCUGGAUCGGCCCUCAACGUCGAUGCCAAGCCUUUCGUCCCCUCAGCCACACUAAUGUCCUGCACAGCCACCCCCAGUAAUUCGGAGGCCACUCCUGUUGUUAAAACAGCAGCAGUGGCCUCCACGGGAACCGCCAGUCCUGCAUCCUCUACCACUUCAGCAACACCUCUUAAUUCCUCAGCUGCUUCCUGUAAGAAAGAAGCCACCCCGGCAUCGUCAUCACCAGACACUCCCCCAAAAUGCGUACCAGUGUCCCUUAGCUCAGCCACACCCCCUCCUCCCAUCACCCAAGCAGUCCCUCCCUCUCUCCCUGCACACUCAGACCACCAGGAGUCCUCGUCGCCACAGCUCCCCCCAUUGGAAGUUAAAUCUGACAACAAGGACAAGCAGGAGAAGACAGACAUCGUGCCUGGGAAAAUGGACAAGAUUGACAACUUUGACAAGAAGGAAGAACAGCAGAAGGACUACGGCCCAGACAGGAACCAGAAGUCUGAGAAGAUAAUCAAAAAUGAGGAGAAGCUAGAGAAGAUGAACACGGAGAAAAACAACAAGGCCAAUGAGAAGGCGGAAAAGGUGGACAAGCCAGAGAAGACCAACAAAGAUGAGAAGAAGGAAGAGGAGAAGAAGCCAGCUGAGAAGAAGGAAGAGAAGGGAGGGAAAGGGACAGCCAAAUCUCCCACAGGGAAUGGUAGCAAGACCCUGCCGAGCCCUGACAGCAAGAGCAAGCCUAAUGCAGGUUCCACCAAACCAGAUUCUGCCAAAUCACGCCCAUCCACUCUCUCCACAAAUGGCGAGGCCAACUCGGCCAAACGCCCCUCCCCCACCACUGCUUCAGCCAAUAAAAAAAGCCCUGUACCCAAGGCAACUACACCUACUGCUGCCAAGCGGCCGCCAACAGCAACUAGCUCUGCUAAGGCUGCCAAGACUCCAGAAAAUGGAGAAAAACGUCCAUCUGUGCCAAAGGCCACGCCCGCUCCCCGUACAACUGCCAGUAAGAAUGGCUCCUCUGCAACUGCUGCAGGCAAGACUGCAGCCAACAAGAACGACAAGACUGAGAACAAGACCAGUGAGGCCAAGAAACCCAAGACUACACCCCGUCCUCGCCCAGCCUCAACCGCCGCUCCUGCUACCCCGGCUGCUUCCACCAAUGGAGAAUCCAGUGCCACUCACCGCCGUCGGGUCAUCACCAAACCCCCUGUGCCCAAGCAGACUCCCCUGGAUAAGAAACCAGCCGUUCCCCGUGCUCCCCGCACUCCCCGACCCAUCAAUGCCCCGACACCAGAUCUAAAGAACGUCCGUUCCAAGAUUGGUUCUAUUGACAACAUCAAGUACCAGCCUGGUGGAGGAAAGGUCUCUUCGACCCCGAACAACAAGACAUCAGACCCCUCCACCCCUGCUGCCAAGGCCAGAGUUCAGAUAGUGCACAAAAAGCUGGACUUCAGCCACGUCACUUCUCGCUGUGGCUCCAAGGACAAUAUCAAACAUGUCCCUGGAGGUGGCAAUGUGCAGAUCCUGAAUAAGAAGGUUGAUGUGAGCAAGGUGACAUCCAAAUGUGGCUCCAAGGACAACAUCAAACACAAGCCAGGUGGUGGUGAUGUGAAGAUUGAGUCCCAUAAGCUAAACAUUAAGGCUAAGUCUAAGAUUGGGUCUAUGGACAACGUGGGGGCAGGAAAUGGACAGACCAAUGGACAAAAGGAAGAGAAAACUGAGCAGAAAACAUCAUCACCCCCAAGUGGCACUCAGACAACAGGACCAGGAGUCACUGCCACAGCACCUGGAAGUGUUGCUAAGGAGAACAGCAUGAAGGAAACCACACCCUCUCCUUUUGGGGGAGAUGGACUGAGGGAGCCCCUCGGUGCAGAGAAAUGCAUCACUGAGACAAACUGAGUCCCAAUGACCUGCAGAUUUCGGUGGGACACGCAUGGCGCUCGCUGGCCUGCCAAUCAACUGACCAACCAACUACCACGGCGCAGUCACUUUCCUCUGAUCCCGCCCUUCAUCUUGCCCACCGCAGCACCGAACUGACCGAUCGCCUCUCAGUGUUUCUCUGGGAUCUGCCUGCCAGCUUCCUGCUACCAACUCUGACCUUUGGCCCCUUGUCACCCUUGGGUUGCCCCACCUACCACAGAGAAAAGUAAUUGCUGUUUGUUCAUGUUUCUCUGUGCAGGUUUCCACCAGCUUCUCCACUGAUGCCAUUUCCUUGUAAGCACUGACUAAGGUCAUUCCAACCUUAAAGCCCAAAUGUAACAACCCCAAAGCAAUAAUCCCACAAUCAAUCAAUCAGUGCUCUAUUAAGUAUCUUGACCAUAGCCACUUUUUCUCAUAGAAUGUUCACCCUACUAGUGAAAACAGUUGCCUCAGAUCACAGUAAUGGAGCUUUGUUCUAGACCCUCUGGCAGGCUUUGACAUUUAAAAACCAAACUAACAAAAACAGCACCAUUCAUAGGUCAUCAGACGUCUCAUUACAGGUCAGUCUACAAUUCAUCACAUGUUACUUCUCUUGGACCAGUUUGUCGUGCACCAGUUUGUCUCUUCAGAGUUCUUCACAAUAAUGAUUCCUUGAAUUUUAAUAUUAUGAUGCUAACAGUUUGUAGUCGUGGCUGCAAAGAGCACAAAAUGAAUCUGGUCUCGAGCGGCUAUGAAGAGAGAAGUCUGGAAGCAAAUCUGAAGAUUUUAAAACCAGUGCAAAAGCUUCUCAAAAGUCAGAUGGUUUUAGUACAAUUGAAAUCAUUCAGCGAUGUAACUCGUGCAUUAUGAAGGCAGCAAGAGGGAGGAUACAGGAGCUCUGCUGAUGGUUUUGGCUCAAAGAGGAUUUGGCACAAAAAAAUCUGUGUUUGAUCUCAGAGCCAAGUGUUUUUAAAGUUAAGAUCUCUCUAAUUGACCUUGAACGAGUGAAUAUAAAUUCCAGCUGAAGGAGUGUUAUUGAAGGAUGGUAAUAAACCUUGGAAUUAAACGGAGUGGCACAGAACACGUGCACUCUAUAAUGUAAUGUAGCACUUAUGGUGGACAGUGUCAAUCACAGUGUCACAGGAUUCUUUAUAAACAUUCAGUCACACCAGCACAUUAAAUGUCUCCAUUUCAGAGUCAUUAUAGUGUAGAUCUGUGGAAUCUGUGUGAUGGUCUAUGGUUGGCAUGUCCAUACAGGCCAAAUGGUUCCUUGCAAAUUUUCACCGCUGACUAUUAGUAAGCCGUCUUGACAAUGCUGAGAGAACAGAGCAGGAGUUUUCAACUGAGAAAGUACUGUAGGGAUCCAGCUGUUUUUCAACAUCAGCUUUUAUUUCACCUCGGUACGCUCGGUAGCUUUUUUUCCCUUUUCUUAGUACUUGAUUGAAAUUAUAGGGCACAAUCUCUGGCACAGUAUAAAAAAAAUGUAGAAGCUCAGAGAGCUGUUGUGAUCACUAACUCUACAGCAUGCUUUCUGCUUGCUAUAUUCUAAGCCACCUGCAGUAUGAAGUCAUUUGAAUUUGUUAACAUUUGUUCAUAUAUCAGGAUAUACUAACAAAAACUUCUGCUUUAGAUAAAUGAGUACAGUUCUUUUUCUUUCUCUGUUACUUACUGUCCACAUUCUCCAGAGGAAGUUGAAUACUUUGAUUUACAACCUCUUUUCCUAAAAAAGGCAGAAGGCUUUGUAGAUCAUUAAAAUGCUGUUUGAUGUGAAAAUGUUCAUUUGAAAGCAUAUUGUGAAGAUAUUUACUCAAGCUGAACUAGGGUUUAAUGAGUCACUGUUAGCUCUAUUUAACCAGGUGAGCCAUUAAGAACACUUUGGGUAAAGGCAUCUAAAAGGUAAAAGAACAUUUCUACACACCUGAAGCCAUUUCUACACGCUCACUGGUGAAACACUGCCCCAUAGUGGCGGAAGUUUUACUUACAUUUUUCAACAAUUACAAAAAAUUCCUUGAGGAGAAGAUCCAACUUUUUUUGAAAAAUGCUGCUGAUGUUAAAAAUGUAAUGGAUAUUUUUAAAAAAAUAUUUCUUUGAAAUUUUGACUUCUGUUUUUUCAUCUAGUAUUUCAGCGCUUUUGCAAAGCAUUGCAUUCUGCAUUUACUUACAUUUUACACACGGCCAACUUUUUGGAAAUGAGGUUGCAGAUCAGUCCUGGUCACGUGGUUUUAGCACAACUCCGCAAAGUCAUCUGAUACAUCAGCACUGCGGACAUUUUAUUUUGGGAUGAUGAAGGCAUUCAAGUACUAGCUUAAUCAACAGCUAUUUCAAGUCAUACAAGUCUUUAUUUGAGCUUUGAAGGGCACUACACUUAAAAAUCAGCAUCAUUGUUUGGCUCCCGCACUGAUUGGAAACCUUCACACCCACUCAUUCACCUGCACCCACCAUGAGGGACCUCAGCAGUCACCCUGAGCUUGUAUGGCAUUUCCUGGUCAUGUGGUUUUCCCCCAGUGGAGGGUUGGGGCUGCAGAGCAACAACCUCUAGUUAAAUCCUCCCUCCUGCUGGUGCUUUGUAGAGCCCACUCCAUAAAACCAUUUAGUCACACACACAUAAGCACAGACUGAUACAGGAAAGCACACAUAUGCUUGCUGGUGUGCAUACACAAAUACACACAAAACACAAAGCACCACCGAAAAAAUGGAAGUGGUGUGCUGAUGACAAAGCAUUUCUCUGUUCUGGAAUCAAAGCAACUCUUUAUUGUUUUUCUUUUUUUGUUUGUCUGUUAUUUUGGUGGUGUAUGCCGAUGUUGUUCAAAUAGUGAUGAGCUGUGUAAGUGUGAUGUUCCUAUUAUACCAUUUUCAUAAUGGUAUCAUCGCCUCAUUGCACCACCUCCUCAUCUGUCACCUCUACCUGUGUCUCACUCCAGUUCUCUGACAGCAAUACAGUGUAGGGAAGGCCUCCAGUUACCUGCACAUGCACAGGGCGUUCAGAUAGAGAGGGACAGACAACCACUGAUAUUAUCCAGUAGUUAUGAGAGGAGAGAGAUUGCGUAAAUGAAAUAAUGCAUUCAUGGCUGAUCUCACACCAGAGUUUCCUUUGUAGUGAUUUACUUAUACUAGACUGGACUGUCUAGUAGAUUGAACUUGCUGAGCGCUAUUUAGCCACCGUGACUACCCACAGUAGCAGACGAUGAAAUGCCUUCUCUGGCGUAUAAAUGAGUUUACUCUACAUCUGUAGUGUAAAUAGAAGGAGCUAAAUAGUUUUUGUUUGGGUUUUUUUCCUUUAGUGCUUAGUUUGUGUGAGUUUUUUUAAAGUUUUGUUGAAGUAAAAACCUCAAAGUAAAAAAAAAAUGUAAAAAUUGAAACUAAAGUAAACUGGACAGCGGGAACUGCCCAGCUCCAACAUGCCAUGAAGGCAGCAGUAUUUCAGCCAAGCACAUCCGCGAGGGACCUGCAGAUACUAUAAUGAGGCCCAUUGAGUGUAAGCUAUAAAAAUAAUGCGCGGGAUCACAGUACACACACAAAAAACCUGAAUGGCUUAAUGCUUUAUAGGAAAUAAUUGACUGAAAGCAAAGUGUGCUCAUUUUGUUGUAAUUCCAGAUGCUAUCUUAAGAAAUCAAACAUGUUAGUUUUAGGUACAGUUUAGAUUCUUAUAAGCCAGCACUGUGAUGUGACUUUGAUUUGCACACUGAAACCAUCGCUCCGUAUCAGCCCGGUAAUACGGACAGGCCCUGUGUGCUCAGCGUGCAUUAAAAGGCUGGGAUGGUCUCUGCUGAAAACACUGAGGGAUUAGUGACAUGUCUGUGGCGUGCUCCCAUAGUUGUCAGAUGUGUGAAGUGUUACUACUGCAUCCAUCCUGUAGAGAGCGCUGCUUAGCCUCUGGAACACUGAUAGUCUGGCUCUUAACAAAGGCUGAGUGAGAAAGCUUACAUCACCAUUAGAGACGCUGCAGAAGGCUUCCAUUCUGCCCUCAUUCAAGCUAUCACUAUAUUAUUGUGUCUGGAACACCACAUAUUAUCAUAAUCAUACAAAUUAUGUAGAGUUCCCCAGAAAACUCAAAAGUUUCGUGCACUUUGAACAUAGUCUUGUUCAUUUUAUUGAUGCACUUAAGUGAUAUUAAAGUUGCUUCACUGUAUGUUGGUGAACAUUGUCAGCAGUGUACUGUACAUGUGUGCUUCUGGGAACAAAACAGUUUUGGUAGCUAGAUGACGUUAUAAUAUUCAAAGAGCAAGUGAUCAAAUAGUCAACAAUUAAGACAACUAAAAGCACCAUUUAAGAAUAUUCAAUAUUGUGUUGUUCCCUCCAGAUCAUUCCCAUGCGUUGCCUAAAAGUAACAUGUGUUACAUGACAUAUGCGUGGGUCAUAUGUGAAAUUAAUAAUGUAAACCGACUUUCUUCUGGAACAGAAGAACAAAAGUAUGAAAGCACUUUGGGUUGUGGAUCGUGUAUAUAUGAGAAGAAGUAAGGUGUAGCUCCAUGCGUGAACAUCUGGUGGGAUGAGCUGAUGUUGUGUGUCUAGAUCUGGAUUUUUGUGGCAUUGUGCUGUUGGCUACGACGAUUUGACACUCAGCUCUCCAGUCUGCUCUCAUUUUGUUCCUGUUAACAUUCCCUGCUUCUUAUUUUCUGGCCAAGCUACAGAGUAACAUUCUGCAAGUAGACAGUUCAAGGUCCAUACUGACCUUUUGAAGGAGUCAGUGGGCCCCUUGUUUAAUUUAUUCUGAGAGCGCCGACUUUAAAACUAUCUCUGGUCAAGAACAGGUUUCAGUGUUAGCAUACAGCGUGUUAAUGUUAGCAUACAGUGUGUUAAAUAACAAAAGCAGAUGUUAUGAAAUCAAGACCGUUAAAGUGGCCCUUUUAUAAUCAUGUUGAGCUCCAUAUUUAUAUUCUUGGACUAGAGUAGAGUUCAAAAUAAUCCUUGCUGGUCUUUUGCUUGUGCAGCCCCUCACUUCAUCCUAUACCUGAAACAAGCCUUUAAACCAGCUUUGUUCUGAUUGACGGAUCCUAUGAGUGGACAAAGUAAUCUCACGAUUUUUUUUAUUUUUUAAGGUAAAUAUUCUAAAGUAAUACAAUUAUAAUGUUAUUCAAGUUAAGUUAUAUACAUGACAGAAAAUACAGGAAAGCCCCACAGGCCCUCUUCAAAGCUAUGAACUGUAAGCCUGUUUCAUUUUGCAACACAUUAAAUCAAAGAAAGAAUUCAAUAAAAACAGAAACAUUCAAAAAUAUUUAAGGCUUUCCAUCCUGGCAACCAGUAUUUGUACACAACUUUGGGGUAUUUAUGAGUAUACACAAACUUUUCAAUGUGGAAAAUGCUGUUUGUUAAUUUACAAAGUUCUUUAGGAGCAGCUUUUUGGGACCAUUGAUUAUGAGCCAGACAGUAGCCUACAACAUGCUUGUAUCAAUGGUCCCAAGGUAACAGAUAAAAAGAUUGAUGGUGGAGCCUACUCGGUGAGUGGGUUAUGAAAAAUUAAGAAGCAGGCAUGUUAAUAUAUAUACAUAAUAUGGCCUUAUCUUAUAAAUGAAAAGAAUUUGUAGAUUUGAAGAGCUCAAAUAUUCUUAUCAGUUUCAAAAAUGCAAUCCAGCUGAGGUUUUUGUGAUUUGAGUCUUGUCUUUGGAUAUUCAGUAAGGAAACCAAUGAACCCUUAAGUUAGUAAAGUUUUAAUAGAACCAUGGGAAUAUGCUUAGUGUUUACUACAGUCAUCAGGAGUGUGAUACAGUUAAUGUUACUUUGGAGCUUGGACAGAAAGUAAGAAACAGAUUCACUCUAAUGUCCGUUUGAACUCCCAGUUAUUGCACUCGAAUACCACCCUCCCACUAGUAUUUCACACUGUAUAUAGACACCAUCACGUUUUUAUCACUCCACGUGUAACUCAAAUUAGUUCAAAUGAAAUAAAAAGAAGAAAAAAACUGAAAAAAAUUCUUACUUCUUAACAGGGUGUAGUGGAUGUUGACAGACGGGCGGUUACGUUUAUAAACCUAGUUAGUGUUGAGGUAAGACAUUCUGGUAAGACUGAAAGCAUAGGAAAGGAAAAGUGUACUUUUUUUUCAGAGUCUGCCUUUUUUCCAUCAAGAAAAGGGCUGCUGAAGUUUCAAGAAUGUUUUAAAAAUGUAUUAAAGAUGCAAGAUUAUGAAUACAUGUAUGAGGUUUGUCUCUGUUCUGUUUUGGAAGAUAGCUCACAUAUGGAAAACACUGUUUACCAGAUUCAAACUGACAGGCAGGAGAAGAACCAGUGUGUGUCCACUUAGGUAUGAUCUGAAGAAGCUUUGCAUAAAGAGAACAUGAGGACACGCCUCAGAAUUGGCAACAUUUGGUGUGAACUGCACUGACACACACUGGUGAGCCCUUUCUUCUGCCUACCACCACCAGAAAGUAAUACCCUUUAUUAAACAGCUCCUGUGUAGACGCCUUGACAUAUCUACCAACAUGGGACUGAAUUAAGGCAAGUCAUGGCCCAAAUUAUCUUCCCACUGUCAAUAACAAAAAUAAUAAACCAUUCUGAACCUGUUUGUAAAGUAAAAGAAAAGUGCUUCUGAUCCUAAGCAAAGUUUCAAACACUUCAAAAGUAGUGUUGGUAGAUAUAUCUGGAGCCCCUAACCACGUCUCCCACCUGCAGUGGCUCAUCAGCACCACAGCACUGAAAAGCAGCUGAUUUUACCUCUGUCUUGUACCAUAUAUACAGCAGCUACCAAUUAAACCAGUAUUCCAGCUGUUUAAAUGUCAAGUGGAGUGGAAAAUUACAAGUGUGUGUGUAUUGUAUUCUGGUCUUCUGCUUGCCCUUACUCAACCUGAGAGGCAGCAGGCAAAAAGAAGCUACUUUUCAGCACUGUAGAAAUAAACCCACUGUAGUGUGUGUGUGUGCUGUAUUACUCUGUAGGGCGCAACACCAUAGCAAGAGCAUGCAGAAGACAACAAACCAACUGCUGGUUGUUAGAGGCAUCUGUCCUAUUAGAUAGAGCUCAUCUCCCCUUUCAAUUCUGAAUAUUUGGUAUGAAAGAGAUGUUCAUUGUGGUUAAUUGUUAACUAGUGAUGUGAAUAUUAAUCAAGAAAUAAAAAGA